CCCUGAGGGGAAAUGGCACUUUGGCAUCAAUAAUUCCCCUCUUUGGUCCAGCGUUGAGUCCACCAACCCAAGAAGCCUAUUGUCUAAUGCUGUGUGGAGCAACGUGUUCUAACAGUGAAGACACAGUGCUUUCCCUUUGCUCGUGGAGAGGUGUGGACAUAGGGAUGGAGACACCCAAGAGCCUCUUUUCCCCUGCUGCCCUGGUUGGGGAGUAGCCAGACAGAGCGCUCAGGAGGAAGAACGGGCUGUCCUGUGGUUGUCAGGUCCUGUCUUCAAGGUGUCUAUGGAAGACAAAAACAAUGUGACGGAGUUCAUCCUCCAGGGACUGACGCAAGAUAAGACAGUAGCAAAACUGUGCUUCUCAUUAUUCUUAGUCUUCUAUGCCAGUAUCAUUCUUGGAAACCUGCUUAUCAUCGUUACCAUAAAGACAAGUCAACAGUUGAACUCUCCCAUGUACUUCUUCCUGAGCUACUUGUCUUUUGUAGACAUCAGUUACUCUACUGUCACAGCUCCCAAACUCAUUCAUGACCUCCUUGUUGAGAAGAAGACCAUCUCUUUUGUGGGCUGCAUAGCUCAACUGCUCGCAGUCCAUUUCUUCGGGUGCACAGAGAUCUUCCUUCUCACAGCGAUGGCCUAUGAUCGUUGCAUCGCCAUAUGCAAACCGCUUCACUACACAGCUAUUGUGAACAAGCGUGUCUGUGGCUGGCUGGUGGCGGCUUCUUGGGUGGGAGGCUUUGUACACUCCCUGGUGCAGACCUUGCUGGUCACUCGGCUACCAUUUUGUGGGCCCAAUGAGAUUGACCACUAUUUGUGUGAUGUUCACCCCCUACUGAAGCUGGCCUGCACUGAAACCUACAUCAUUGGUGUCACUGUGGUUGCCAACAGUGGCAUGAUUUCCCUGAGCUGUUUCGUUGUUCUUGUUGUGUCCUACGCUGUUAUCUUGGUCUCCUUGAGGACACACUCUUCCGAAGGGCGUCUCAAAGCGCUCUAUACAUGCACUUCCCACAUCACUGUUGUAGUUCUGUUCCUCGGGCCGUGUAUUUUCAUCUAUAUGCGCCCUCCCACCACCUUCUCAGCAGACAAGAUGGUCUCUGUGUUUUACACAAUCAUCACUCCUAUGCUCAAUCCCUUGAUCUACACCCUCCGAAACCAAGAGGUGAAAAAUGCCAUGAAAAGGUUAUGGAGCUUAAAAGUGAAGAGGAGUGAGAAAUGAAACAACACGGUGUACGUUUGUAAGACGAUGUGAGCUUAAGAAACCAUGGGGAGUGAAAGACAAGUGUUCAGGAGAGACCUUCCAGUAAUGUUGCUCUGGUUUUAGUGCAGCUGCUCACAAUAGGGCUGACACUAAAUUCAAGGUUUUAUGUAACCCUUCUUUGGAAACUGUCAGUUGUGUGCUUAUUGUUAACUACCAAACCCCAGAGUUGGGGUGGCAUUUACCUUCAGGCACCUCACAGCUGUAUCUUGGGUAUUUGAGCUUCUCCUGCCAUUAUGAGAAACAACCAAGUAUUUUGAGCGGUUGUUCUUUCCUACUACCCUGUUUCCCCGAAAAUAAGACCUACCCCAAAAAUAAGCCCUAGCAUAAUUUUUCAGGGUGCUCAAAAUAUAAGGCCUACCCUGAAAAUAAGCCCUAGUUACAGUUAAUUUUAAAAAGUCAAUUUAAAUAGUGUCCAGGCAGCUAUACAUGUAAAAAAAAGGCAUCUUUUUGAGCAAAAAUUAAUACAAGACACUGUCUGAUUUUGGGGGAAACAGGGUAGGUCCUAAAAGCCUUGGACAGUAGCAUCUCCUUACAUUUCUGGAUGGUGGUACCAAGCUUCCAAGAGUGCACUAACAUUUCAGUAUAGCACAGCAUUGGCAGCUUUUAUCUCAAAUAUUUUGAUGUGCUAACAUGAGGUGUCCACAGCUGGGCAAGGAAAACAGCUGGGCAAGGAAAGUCAUCAGCCUUUAGGUGGAUGGGACUCAUUUCAUGGCAAAAUAGGACCACGAGAGAAGUAGGUGGUUGUAUUAGGUCUCUGUGUGACGGGGAGAGAUAGCAGAUUGUACUGAAACACCCGCAAAUGAAUAAACGAACACCAUUAUGUAAACAUUUAAGAAGUUUUCCAGGCAGAGCCUCCCAUUCAGUCCAACAAACCGCAGCUGCUCUGUGGCCCGUUCAGCUGGGAAAUGGUGGCCCAAGGUGGUUGUAAAAUAGGUUGUUGCCUGCUGCUGGAAGCAAUCACAUCAUUUCUACUUGUGAUAAAUGCCUUGCUAUGAAUACCACAUUGUCAUAUUCUGAAUCCAUGAGUUAGCUAUUAAAAAUCUGCUCCUAGGUGCCAGUUCGGUUGUUUGGUAAUGCAGAUAACAGGAGGGGAAUUUUCAGUAAUAAUAAUUACUGUGAUUAUAGCUCAAUGUUAGUACCGUGAUUCAAAAGCUCACCAAGCCAAUAACUAAAAGUUUUCCUACAAUGCUGAAUCUGAAUGUUCCCAUUUCUAGGUAUUUGGUACUUUCUGGUGAAUGUGCUAUCUACUUCAGCUUUCUUACUUCUUCCUCCUGCCCUUGGUUCCUCAAACAUUCAUAAUCUAAGCUGUACACCGACAACAAAUGUAAGACAUGCAAACUAAUGCCCAGGUCCAAAGUUGACACUUUCCUCAGCCAUUUCCAGUAUGGGAAUGCAGAAAUGCCCCUAGAAUCUUGUGAUUCUGGGCAACACUCUUCUACCGCAAAUUGACUCUAGUCAAGGCACGAAUCUCCUACAAACUUCUCUUGGCACUAAUAUUCUGGGAAGAGAAGCAGAGGAACAGGAUGUCCUUAAAAUAGUUGACAGCUCACUCGUUUGCCUCAAGAUAAUUGAUGACGCAUGGAAGUAAAAUAGAGCAGUGAGUCCUUGUUACUUUACGAUGACAGUAAAAUUGGAAAUAAACCAGCACCACUUAGACAAAGAAUUUGUAUAAUUUCUCCAUAUUUAUGAACAGAAUAAGAAGAGAAAGAGGCAGCAGAAGAGGAAGGUUUGUUUUCCCAGCUGUUAGAAGGUAAAUACAGGUGUGUAGUCACCAAGAUUUCCCUUCUAGAUUUCCAGGUUCUUCCUCACCUCCUGAAGAUGUAGCAGAAAUGGUCCUAAAAUUUAGCGAUUGCAUUUAUUCUUUUUCUAGAUUGCAUGUUUUUGGAGACUGGUUUCUCAUCUCUGGAGCUCCUGCCAUGUGGUGGGUUUAGCUUGGUGGGCUCUGGGUUCCCACCCAGCCCCUCUCUCACUGUCUGCAGGAGGAUAUGGGGGAGAAUAUGAGAUUAAAAAGCAUGUAGGUUGAGAUAAAGAUAGGGGGAUCUCUUUCCAAUUAACAUCAUGGGCAGAAUAAUCAGUUCAAGCUGAUUUGAACUUGAGCCACAGAUCUCAGUGGCGCAUCACCACUGACGUUUUGGUCUGCCCAGACCUUCCUUUGUCUUGGGGAAUGAACAUUUACAUUAAUUUAUCUUUAUAUCUCAUCAUUGAUCCAGUGUACCCCUGAGGGACGGCAGUUUCCCACCAGUGUUACCGUCCUAGGUCUUCAGCUUCUCUGAUCUCAAGCAGCAUUUCCUGGUGCCCAACACUUGUCUCACUGCAGGGAUUGGUAGCACAACCCUACAUUUAUGUUUUUAUUACUGAAGACUCGUUUUUUUUCAUACAAAUGGCUUCUGAGUGUUUAGAAGUGUGUGGUGGCUCAUCCUCUCUUCAUCAGCCUUUGGGACUCCAUGCACAGAAGGUGAUUGAGCAAAUUGAUGUGCUGGGAUCCAGCCACCAAAACUGUUUAAUAAGGCCCUCGGUGGCUGUUUGGAGUUUGGUAAUGACACAGUUCUUACAGAUCUAACUCCACGAGCGGAAAAUUAUCUUUUGCCUGCUUUUAAUACCCAGUAUGUUACAUGAGUAUUUAUAGGUUGUGUGGGAUGGGGAGACUUUAGGGAGAAGGAAGAUGCAGGAAGCACAGAGAUCAGUUCAGAAAGCCUUGGAGAUGUUGCCUCAUUGGAUCUUUCUGUUUAAAUGAUAGAUGGAAAACAGGACAUCAAUACCAUCACCAUAAAACGUGUCUGUAACCUAUUAGGAAAAGAAAAAUCCCGAAGCAAAUCUCUAUACAACAAGAAACUUAAUCAAGAGCAAGGAUAUGGCAAUGACAAGCAGGAGAAAGGAGAGUGGAACAAUGUCCAAACCCGUUAGAUGAAUAACUUCAAACAGGUUUGGAGUGAGUGGUUUAAAAUGUUGUCAGACAACAAGUGUUGCAGAGUUCAGAAUUCAAUGUUGUGUCAACAUUUAGUAACUGGGUACAGUAGGAACCAUUUUCUCCUCUUCUUUGCUUAUGAUCUUCGUAUCAUCCAUGGCAUAUUAAAGCACAAGUGUGUGGUUGUGUAUGUUUAUGCAAAAGGCAGAGAGAAAUGCUUGGAAAUCUGUUGAAAAACAUACAGAAAUAUUUUAAAAGUAUUGUGACAUUUUGGUCAUUUGUGUCCUUCAAGGCAGCUUAAUUUAAUGUGGGUCGCAUCAUAGACAUUUAGCAUGGGGCAAGUAUCUGCUCUGCAGUUAUUCUCAAGGACAGAUGUACUAUUUUCUAUGGUAUAAGUCAUCUUACUGUAGUGUAAUGAUCUAAACAGGGUAAAUAAAGUGUUUAUUCCUCUUUUUUGGGUAUACAGGGGGCCAGGAUGCCUGUUGUGCAGGUCUCUGUCCAGUACAAGGUCAAGCACAGACAUUUCACCCUCUCUGCAGCUGGAAGGGCCCUGAGCCCUUGGGAGAGGCAGAGGCGAAAAAGCAGGAUCGUUUCUAAACUGCUGCUGUGAUUUGCAGACAUAUAUUCUGAAUCAUGCAUGAAGCAAACCUGUUGGAUGGGAAAGAAAAGCAGGCUUUGAGAACUACCAGAAAGUGGCAGAGAAUAGAGCAGGACGUGAGGAAAGUGUUCAGCAAGAGGCGUAUAUGAAAAACAGAUACUGCUUUCUUAGUAGUAAUCUCCUGCUUGCUGAUUUACCAACUCUGAGGCAGAAAUUGGUAGCUAAAGAAUUUCCUGGCGUGAUUGUGAACAGAAGUGAGCAUUGAGCAUUCCUUCGCUGGUCACAUUUUAACCUCCACAAGACAGUGAGUUUAUUUGAACUUAAAGAAUUCCCUGGAGCUACAAAGAGGUAGAGAAACUGUGCAGAGUUUUGCAGCUUCUGGUAUGUUAGAAAUCACAGUUUCUUCAGGAGAACACGUUCUGCUGACAGCAGGUCUAA